GGUGGGCGUGUCCACCCGAGCCCCUUAUAAAAUCGCCGGGCCAGCCCUGGCGCCGGCGCUGCGCUUCCCUGACCUUCCGCGCGUCCUAUCUGUUUCCAUCGAAGCGGCCGGGCCGGGCACCCUCUUGGCGACCAUCAUGCCUUCCAGGAAAUUCUUCGUGGGCGGCAACUGGAAAAUGAACGGCGACAAGAAGAGCCUCGGGGAGCUCAUCCAGACCCUCAACGGCGCCAAGGUCCCCGCGGACACCGAGGUGGUUUGUGGUGCCCCUUCCAUCUACCUUGACUUCGCCCGCCAGAAGCUUGAUGCCAAGAUUGGCUUGGCUGCCCAGAACUGUUACAAGCUGCCAAAGGGGGCUUUCACGGGAGAGAUCAGCCCAGCCAUGAUCAAGGAUGUUGGCGUCACCUGGGUGAUCUUGGGACACUCAGAGAGGAGACAUGUCUUCGGGGAAUCCGAUGAGCUCAUCGGGCAGAAGGUGGCUCAUGCCUUGUCCGAGGGGCUGGGCGUGAUCGCCUGCAUUGGGGAGAAGCUGGACGAGAGGGAAGGUGGCAUCACGGAGAAGGUGGUGUUCCAACAGACCAAGGCUAUCGCCGAUAACGUGAAAGAUUGGAGCAAAGUGGUUCUCGCUUACGAGCCAGUGUGGGCUAUCGGGACCGGCAAAACGGCAACUCCCCAGCAGGCCCAAGAGGUUCACGAGAAGCUGAGGGGCUGGCUGAAGAGCAACGUGUCCGAGGCCGUGGCACAGUCCACUCGGAUCAUCUACGGAGGUUCGGUCACCGGCGGCACCUGCAAAGAACUGGCGUCCCAAGGAGACGUGGACGGCUUCCUUGUGGGCGGGGCCUCCCUCAAGCCUGAAUUUGUCACCAUCAUCAACGCGAAACACUAAAACCCCAUCUACGGAGCCUUAAGUUUCAGCAGGAGAGAGGGAGAACAACCGUCGUGAGAAGGAGAGCCGCACUGUAACGAGACAAACACAAAGAGCUGUGUGCUGCCCCCACCCCCUGCGCUCGGGUUCGAGGGCUUCCCCUUCCAGUCCCUCUUCCACCUAACGCUUACUGUAAAUUGUCCGACGCCGCUGCUAAAUACAACUGUUGCCAAGCCUUGUUUUACUCA